UUUUUUUGGCACGGCUGGGCUUCUGUAGUUUGCUUGUUCAAAUAUGCUUUUCAACCCAGUACCGUAGGAACUUUUGUAGCUUGUUAAGAAGGACAUAUAGUAAAUAAAAAGAUAGAGAGAAUAAUCUUUAAAACGUUCAGGGUGCUCGGACUCCCGAUAACGGCUAAGAAACGCCGAUGGUUUACUUCCUGGAUGGCUCGCAAAAGUCACCGUCGUCAUCGUCAUCAUCAUCAGAACCAGGCUGACGUCGCUCGUCUCCCGGCCUGCGCGUUUCACUCGGUAAAGCAAACACUUGUUUCUUCAGCCCUUGAUUCGAAAUCAUGAAAUUAUUUGACAGUGUGGAAAAUGCACAUAAAUUGAUUAGGAGUCAGUUUGGUGCCUACCUUGUCAGGAAAUAGGCAAAAAUCAUUGAUUAUUGUUUAUCCAAAGUAAAGUGGGUAUUUUUUUUUUUUUUGUAAAUCAAAGAUUUAUUUAUGUGCUCAUUAUUUGAUUGAAUCGGUCAGCACUGAUUUGCAAAAACAAACACAGUGAUUCAUAGUUGGGUGUUGCCGGAGAAUGUUGAUGGGUGCCAAUUUAAAUAAGUGCUGGAUGAACUUUGACCGUCAAACAGCGACGUGACUUGAGAUGAGGAUCAUGCAGGUCGUCGACUAGGCCACCAUUUCGAUACAUGAACAAACAGCAUAUACUGUCGUGUAAAAAGUAUUUGUGUGCUGGUGCUUGGCCUAUGAGCCGACUUGAAUGGCAGUGGUGUUGGUCACUCUCUAGGUGCACUUGACCUCGGGCUGCCUCCGUCCUCUGAUUUUGCCACCUGUGAAGCAUCUUUCUUUUAAUGGGGUGUUGCCGGCACCUUUGGAGGUCCCGGCGCCUUUGGAGGUCCCGGUUCUCGCUGGUCUUGCUGGCAGCAGCCUUCGCACUCUCCUACGCCUUCUUUGUAGCACCUUCUGGGCCACAGGCCGAGUGCCCCGUCGUGUCGCCGUUCUUCCCACUUUUGACUCUGGAGGCGAUCAGAAAAAAAAGGAGCACGUCGGUUUCACCGGGCGGAUUCUACCGUCCGCCGGACUGCCGAGCUCGGCACCGCACCGCCAUCGUGGUGCCGUACCGGAAGCGGCUGACACACCUCGGCGCUCUCCUCGACCACUUGCAUCCUUUCCUGCAGAGGCAACAGCUGCACUACAGAAUCUACCUGGUCGAGCAGUGGGGCAACGGCACCUUCAACAAAGGCAGACUUUAUAACGCCGGCGUGCGGGAAGCUCUCCGAGACGCGACGUGGAGCUGCAUCAUCUUCCACGACGUCGACCUGUUGCCCGAGGACGACCGCAAUACCUACGGCUGCCACCAAGACAAGCCCUCACACCUGUCUGUGGCCAUUGACAAGUUUGCAUACAGGCUUUACUAUCCACAAGCUUUUGGUGGUGUUGUUGCAAUGACCCCAGACCAGUUCAGGAAGACGAACGGCUACUCGAACCAGUUUUGGGGCUGGGGCCAAGAGGACGAUAAUUUGUGGCAAAGAGUGAUUCUGUCCGGCAUGCAGGCGGCGCGCCCCCCAGAGGCCAUCGCUCGCUACAAAAUGAUCAAGCACGAGAGAGACGCGGGGAACGAACGGAACCCGCGCAACGUCGACCUCCUGAGAAGAACCAAACUGGACUGGAGCUCCGACGGCUUCAAUUCGUCGACUUACAAGCUGCUCUCCAAAGAGUUGGAACCUCUCUACACUCACCUCAUGGUCGACGUCGGAAAAAAGGCCCCGCCGUAUCUCCGGGGAAACACCACAACGCCUGCGUAGCCUCAAUGUGUCACGCGUGGCCGAGAGUUGACAAGAGCAUCUCGUUCAUGCUUUCUCCCUAUGUUUCCUUUCCUGAUUGUGCUGGUCCGAAAUGCCUUCUACAGUUCGAUUUGAACCUUAUUAAAAAGCAGUGCUGGGAUCAAUUAA